AUGAGCGGCGAGCCGAGCAACCCGGCCCAGCACGAGAUUCCGCCCAAGUAUGAGUGGUUCCAGGAGCAGAUCGCCGGCCAUCAUCCGUCUGUUGUGAAGAAUGGCGUCCGAGAAAUUGGUUUUCUGAAAGAGAAGGGCUCCGAAUUCAUCCUGAAACUGCGACAAUCCGGGAAGCGCGGAGAUUGCGAGAUCCGCUUCUACCAGCUCCUCAACCGAACGUUUUCGGAUGACUACGACCCGCUGGAAGACAACGGAGAGCCGUUUCCCUGUGAUAGCAUCACCAAUCAAGAAGAAAUCAACUUGGCGCGGUUCAUCGCCGAUGGCGGCGUGCCCAGAUUUUACGGGUUGAAGCAGGUCCCGAUCGGCGGGCAGGAUCAUGAAUUCCUGAUUCUCGACGAUCUAACCUUCGGCUACACCCGGCCAGCGAUUAUGGAUAUCAAAAUGGGUCGUGUCACCUACGAUCCGGACGCUAGCGAGAAAAAGAUCAAAUCCGAGACCGAAAAAUACCCGCCCCAGCGAUCGCUUGGCUUCCGGAUUCUCGGCUACCGGGUGGGUUUUGGUAAAGAUCAACUUCACAAAGAAGACGGGACGGUGGAGAUCAAGGACAGGGAUUGGGGGAAGAGCAAGGACGAGACGAACAUCGGCCAGGCUCUUUACGAAUUCUUCCAAUGCCGCCCGGAAGCCGUGCCGCAUAUUUUGAGAAAAGCCACCCUCUUCCGCGAAUGGUUCGCCCAGCAGCGCAUCUUCCACUUUUUCGCCUCGUCGUUGCUGUUCAUCUUCGAAACCGACCCCGCGCAACCGGUCAACCCGGACGUGAGGAUGAUUGAUUUCGGUCACGUCUACCCUGCCAACGAGAUGGUCGACGAGAACUACACGCACGGGCUCGACAACCUGAUCUCGCUGUUCGAGGAAAUGCUCCUGAAAUCGCAA